UUCAGUGAUUGAUGUUUUUUUGUUCUGCAAAGUAUUUUUCUUACACUGGGUUAAUGAGUAUUUGUAUCUAUAGGUAUCAGUUUAUUUGCAUCCACCCCCAUCCGUCAGAUAAGUCAUUGCAGAUAUGCCGUCAUUCUUCUUCCGUCGGAAGUUUUGCGGUAGGCGGCGGCGCCGCUGCCCGAGUGUUUUCAAGAGGAAGCAGAAGGCCAAGGUCCAGAUUGACCACCUACCUCAGGAAUUAGUGGAGAUGGUGGUCUCAUUUUUGCCAAUGAAGGAUGCCGCAAGAACUAGUGUACUGUCGAGUAAAUGGAGACAAGGAUGGGCAAGCUACCCCAGGUUAACACUAAACUCCGAAACAAUGCUUGGCAUCACUGGGAAGGUUAACUAUGUUAGCGAGGAGGAACAAAACAAAUACAAGAUGAAAUUUAUCGAGAAUGUUCAUGCUGUUAUGCGACAACACCAGGGUUUUGGAGUGGAUGAGCUUCUGUUGGAGUUCGGACUCAGUGACAGGGAUGCACAUCAUAUUGAUAACUGGGUUGUCCUUGCUGCCUCCAUGAGAAUGAAACGGCUUGUCAUUGAUUUGAGUGGGCCGUCACUGGAAUGCAAGAUUGUCCCAGAGAAAUAUGCCUUGCCUUUGCAGCUUCUAGAUGACAUCGGCACAAUAAAGCAUCUCCGCAAUCUUCAACUAAGUAAUCUCUCUUUGAAGCCGUUGGGUGAUUUCGGAGGGUUCGUGAACCUUACAAUGCUUGAGCUGCAACUUGUGGAUGUCACGGAGGGUGAUCUCGAAUCAUUGCUUUGCAAAUGCCCUGCUCUCGAGCGAUUAGCACUUAACACGUGUGGACCUUUCAUGUCCUUGCGGAUUGGCCAUGAGCUAAGCAAGCUGGAGCAUUUGUGUCUUGGCGAUGCUACCCUGGUGGAGAAAUUACAGAUUGAGGCCAUGAACCUGAGGACAAUUUCACACAAUUACAACGUCGGAGAAAUAGUCGUUAGAAAAGAUUCUCAAAUCAGCGAGGUCACAGCUGACAUGUAUAUCCCACCAAGGACCCAACUAGGCAAUGGUUAUAAAGAUACACUGCAAUACAUGUUCACCGGCCUUCCCAGUGCUUUGCCCUGUGUACAGAAGGUCUCCUUGAAUAUCUGGGAGGACAUACAGACAUUGGAGGUACCGAAUUGUGCGAGCAGAUUCAUGCACCUGAGGCAUCUGGCCUUGAGCAUGUACCUAAGUUUGAAUUGGAAAUUUGAUAUCCUCCGUCUUGUUCUUUUGCUACAAGCUGCCCCAUUUCUGGAACAUUUUGAGCUAAAUAUUGAUCAACUCUUGUUGCCUCUAUAUGACGAAGACGAAGAUGAGAUACCAUCCCUUCCUGGAUGGCCACAUGAUCACCUCAAGAUAGCUUCAUUUCGAGGGUUUGUAGCCAACAACGACUUGAUCGCGUUGGCCAUAUAUGUUCUGCACAAUGCUAAAUCACUCAAGCUAAUGAACGUACAAACAGCACAUAGAGGCGACUGGUUAGUCGCGGAAGAGCUUCUUCGCGGAGAGGACCUGCGCAAUGUGCUGAUUAUUUUGUAACCGGCAGUAGGCGACUAUUUUGUAACCGGCAGUAGGUGACGUGUUCUUGUAAAGAGUAUACUACUUACAUUCUAGAAGGGGUGUUACAUGAUUAGACUUUCUUGCUGAAGCUUUGGUUGGUUGAUUUGCCGAGCGAUGCUAGGUAAUUCCACGAAAUGGCUAAAGACUGGCCAGAAGCAGAGGACUCUAGGAAAUAAGUCAGGUGCUAGCGACGCUGGGAGCUGCAGCACCGCCACCGACGCCACCAGGAAGGACUAGGAGCUUGGCCCCCAGGUCUUCUCAGGUUUUUGUCAUUAACCGGGUUCUACAAGUCCAGAAAAAGAAGAACUGUUUAAGAUCUUCAUUGAUCAAGAACUUCGUGCUGAUAUUCGACUGCCCUUUUAUAACUUGUAAUAAUCCGUUGUUAACAUGUUAAACUUGGG